UGAUCCUCAAUCAAGUUAAUAAAAAAGUAUAGGUUAGAAUUGAAAGUGAAAACUCCCGAUUAUAUUUUUUGAAAGUAUUGUUAUGAUUUACAAUUAAAAAUGCUUAAAUUAACACCAAAUUUACGGCUGUUAUCGAAGCAUGAUGCUACUAAUUUCACCAAAUUCGAAUCUGUCCGAUUCAGGAGGAGAAAACCGAUAUCUCUGGGUACAGCAAAAUCUAAAUUAUUUAAAAUUCCUCCUCGACCAUCGCAAUCGGAAGAAGAAAAACUCGAACUUCAGCGACUUCAUAACAAUUAUCGUACACAAAUGAAGUCUUUAAGGUACUAUUUCAUUGUUAAUCACAGUGCAGAAUUUGCAGAGGCAAGUGAAGACCCAGAAGAGAGCCGAAGAGUGUUUGAAGAAGAUCUAAAAAGAUGUACAUCUAUAAAUGAAAAAUGGAACGAAAAGCAGAGAGAAAUAAGAGAAAAAGCCAUAUCCAAACAACAAGAAAAUGACAUUAUUGCAGCAUUGGAAAAAGUCGAAUUGGAAAAGAAGAAAAUCAAAGAGAUGAAAGAAAAUAUUGAAGAAAUUGUUAGAAAAGAGAAAGAACAAUCUAAGACUUUUAUAACUGCCGAGAAUAUAGAUGCUGCUAUUGAACAAGCAUUGGCCAAUCCUGUAGAUUAUAAUUUUGCUUUAAUUUCAAGUGGCGAAAAGAUUUUGGGUAGGGAUAAUAUACCAGGGAGGGACAAGAAUAAAGCCAGUAUGAAUCAAUAG